AUGAGCAAAAAUAAUCAGGCAAAUCAAGAAGCGAUCAAGUUUGGUAAUGAAUUUUGCAGUUACCUUGAUGAGGGAUCUAAUUUAAAACCAGCUCAAUCUAAUCAACUUCAUGAUAAAAUUGAACACAAAUACUUAUGGAGAGAUGAUAAAGAAUUCAAUGCUUUGAUAUCAAAAUUCAUGCGUGUUCCUCCUCCGAACUAUUAUAACAAUCCUAAAGUUCAAGAACGCCUUAACAAUGUUAUUUCUCUUAGUGAAAACAUGACUAAAAUCAUCUCCAAGUACAUGCCAACUACCGAAUCUAGUAAAUGA